AUGAACAUUUCGAUAAUAAAGUGCCUGCUCGUACUGGUCGUGUUGGAAGCUUGCACCGCAAACUGCACAGAUUCCUCAAUAAUAGACGUUCACGUGCGCGAGAAACGUUGGCUGACGUUCAGUCCUUAUGGUGGUUUAGCAAAGAUAUUGCUAGGAUUUCUCGUUCCCGUUCAGUUCACAGACUUCAAACUUGUUAGAAAUAUAGUCAAUACUUUGAACCUACAAGCCAAUUACAACAUCCCAUCGUCCAUCAUUUGGCCAAUACCGCAGAGUUACUUCAAGAACCGCCUAAAUAACGACUUUGUGGACAACAGCCGCCGGGAUCUGUACAAGAUGCUGGAGAAAAUGUUCGAUUCCUAUGGAACCAAUGGACGGGAAUGUGUUCUGAAAGCUAUCUGCGAAGUUGCCGAAGCGCCCCUCGAUCACAACGGAAUGUUUGGCGAAAUCUUGGACGUCAUGCUCACGCCAUACAAAACGGAUCAAAUCGAUGAAAUCUACAAAGCGGCAAGGAUUAGUGGGCUAAACGGUAGAAACUGCAGUACAAUCUACAAACAGUGUCCGCCCGGUUCAGGCCUGCUGGAAAAGAUGUCCCUUCUUGACAUCGUGUGA